AAGUGCUUCAAGUGUUGCAAAUGAUGUCAAUCUAUUGGCAUCGGUCGGGAAAGAACGCCGAACUCGAACUCCUCACCACUUUUACCAAUCGAUUGCAUUUAUCGCAAACCACUGAAGAGGUCGGGAGAGUUGGAAUCGAUGUGAAGGAUCUGUUGACAAGUUUAUCGCAUCUCACGCUUUAACUUAAGAGACUUUAGUUUAUAUUUAGUUUUAAUUAUUUUAUAUUUUUAAUAACUGAUGCAUUGAAAUCAAAACCA